AAUGAACCGUGGAAGCAGCCUUUAGUUUGUCCUUCGGGGCCAAGUUUUGCUUUGCCUCGUGUUCGAUCGAUCGAACCUGUCAGCACGGCAUGAAUGCACUUGCCAGUAAUAUUUUUUCGAUAUCCUCAGGUGUCUACAGAGGAAUCUCACGAUUAAUCACCUCCAACAAUGCAGAGAAAAUGCAAUGGUGUUUGGUCUGAUUGACCGCUCCGCAAUCACGAGUGGAAUCCUGUCCCCAUACACGAAGAUUUCCAUUCAGCUGGCAACAAUACCCCGCAAAGAAACCAAAUGAAAAACCAGGGUCGUUUGAAAAACAACAUAUAAAGACUGUUCUCGAUACCCACUGUUAAACAAUCCAGUCUCAUCUUUCAGCUUCCAGGGGAAUUUACAUUACAUAAUUAUAUAUCCAUCAAAAUGCAGUUCAAGUUGACCGCCGUCGUCGCCCUUCUGGCUGCUGCCACUCCAGUUGUCUCUACUAAGUGUGCAGACGAUCUGGUGAAGACUCUCAACAGUCUCUUUGAGGAGGCUGAAAAGACCAGCAAAGCUGUUGACGCGAUCAAGCUGGUCAACAUUUUCACCGAUGUUCCUCAAACCGUCACGCCUCUCAGCGGUCAGAUUAGGACUGUUGGAGACGCUCAUGGUAGUGGAGACUGCCCCGGCCUCCGCACCGAGGAUCAGAAGAAAGUCUGUGAUGCUCUUGAGACUUACGUCAAGUCCAACGAGGACCUGACCAAGGCCAUCACCGACAAAGCCGACCUUCUGAAGAAUAUUCCCUUCACCGCGCCCAUCGGUGCUGUUCUUCGUACCUACGAGGGUGUUUUCGACACCUAUGCCAACAAGGCCAUUAAUGCCGCUCCUACUUGCUCUGACGCUACCAAGCUGCUCAAGUCUUUGGGUGACAACCUCACAAAGGCGAUCGAUUCCUACGCUUAAAUGGUAGUGGUCUGUGAGGUAGAAUAGAGAUAUAACUUCUUUAAUGUAUUAUACUGGAUAGAUUUUAAUUUACAAUAGAGAUGAAUGUUUAAUUAAUGUCAUGCAG